UUGUUGUAUCAGGAAAUGAUAACUUGAGAAGUGCUUGUUUUUACUGUUUUUACAAAAAUCUGUACAUUCCUUGUUGUUUUUUAUAUCUCGAAUCGUGUCCCAUUUCUCAAAAAUCCUGUCAAAGGUCAGAUUUUAAAAGAUUAGUUAUAUAAUUCAGUUUAUCUUUGAGGCUAAUUUCUUUAAAUGAUGUUUGUAUACAACGCGAAUUAUUUUCAGAUCGAAUUGUUCGAAAAAUGUUUUGAUGGCGUUGUUUGUUUUGUUGUUUGUUUUCAAGGGCACAGGAUUGAUUGUUUAUUAAAUAAUUCUUCGGAAAAGUGAUGUUUUUUGUUGUUUUUUUGUGUGCGUGUUUGUUGCUUUAGAGAAUAAAUUUUACUUGAAAGAUUGUAGGAAUUUGUCAGUUUUAUUUAUCUAAAUUAAGCCUUAAUUAAUAAACACAGCCUUGUGUUGUACCGUCCCUCCUAAAAUCACUGUCAAGAAAGUUAGAAACCGUUAUCGGUUCGCAGAAAUUAUAGAUAUAACUUUUCCCGCGAGGCCGCUUAUUGCGCAGCCUCCUUUUCCAAGGCUUUUCGAAUUUCGACGGCACGUUCUCAGGACUCAGACGAGCGAGAGUCGAGACUGUCAACAGACGUUGCGAAUGCGGUAACGGGUAAAGAACGAAAGUUUUCGUGAGGAGGUGGUGAAGCUGUGGCCUAGUCGCAGCCGCUAAGGAUGAGCUCUCCUCAGAAGGUCGGCAGUCCGCACGGCCUUUCGUCCCCGGACGGCUUCCUCCACAUCCCAAGCCCGAUAAUCACCAGGAGGACGAGGACCGAUUCAACGUCGUCGAGGGCGUUGCUCAACCCGAUCGAGACCGGCGUCGUCAGCUCUUUCAGCAGGUCCAAGGGACACGGCUUCAUCGAGAGGGACAGGACAGAAGACACUGAACCGAUUUUCGUACACAUAUCCGAUAUCGAAGGAGAGUAUGUUCCACUGCCUGGCGACCGUGUCAAGUAUCGAGUCUGCCCUAUACCGCCUAAAUUUGAAAAAUACCAGGCAGUCCAUGUGGAGAUUGUAAAUUUUACACCAGAUGUUCACCUACGGUGGGACAGCCCGAUUGAGGAAUAACUGUUUUGAUCUUCAUAAACAGUGGCAAUGCUGCAUUUAUGUACAUAAGUAGUCGACGAAAGCGUAGAUGAUUAUCACAAAUAAUUUUACAUAAUAACAACAAUGAAAUAUAUUUUAAAAGGAGUUAUAUUUUUCUAUAUUUCUAUUAUAUUUAAUCUGGUAUAUUUUUAAAAUACAACUUGUUUUAGCAGUCUGGCCAUAAGUGAUACGCUUAAAAACCAUGAAAAACAUUCCUCUAAGAGUUAGUACUACUUUUCUCACACUGCUAUUGCUAGUUCCUCUUAGUCCUUAGUUGAUCCAUUUAUAAAAUAAACAAACUACACAAAAUUCUCAAAUGCUAACUUACGAAUUGAGCAAAUGUGUAAACUUGUUAAAAAAAAAAAAAAAAAAAA